AUGAGUAGGAAAUCACGAUCAAUAGAUUCCGUUUCACUUCUCCAAGACCAUGUUCAGCUAGUUUCGGCAUAUGAAAGUUUAUUUGCAUCAUCCAGUCAAGAUGUUAUUGAUGCAUAUGAAUUUACUUUAUCAGAAUGUGAGGAAACAAGUUCAUUCAAAAAAGAAUUAAAUGAAAUUGUAUCUUAUUGUGAUAGUGUUGUUGAGAAGAAUAAAUAUUUAGAGGGAAAAAUAAAAAAGUACAAAGAAGAAAUAGCAUCGUUAAAAGAACAUCUUUCUGUAUAUGAAAAAGAAAAUAAACAUCUUAGAAAUUGUGUUGAAAAUCUUAAAAAUACAUUUGCUGUUAAGAUUGAAAAAGUUAAGACUAAAAUGAAAGAUUCAAAUAUCACUAGUACAGAUAGUGAAGAUGACAUAGACUUUGACAUGACCGGUGAAAGUGGAAAAUCUGAAGAGGGAAAGAUUGCUCUUAAACAAAAAAUUAUUGAUGAAGAGGAAAAUUUUGCAAACAGAGAGUCAUUAACUUCUGAUACAGUGGCAGAGAGUCUUAAAAGAAGCGCUUCAGAUGUACCAAAACGAUCAAAUAAAAUUGAUAGACGUGAAUUUAAUUUAACAGUUGCGGUGGAAAAUCCAUUAGUUAUUGAACCAAUAAAAGAAUACAUAGAAUCAACAUCAAAUCUCUCGUGGACAAAUGGUAGUUACAUAUCUGAAAAAAACCACCGUUUCUUCACAAAAGGAUUCCAUAUUGGAAUGUGUAAUAUUUGUGAUAGUAUAUUAUUUAAGUCAAAAAAUGUUCUAUCAUGUUCUGAUUGUCAUUUACUUGGCCAUAUUAGUUGCCUUUCAAAUACAACAAUUCCUUGUGUUCCAAGGCAUUCUUUUCCAAAAAUUGUAAAUAGAAUUAGAUUAUCUCUUGCUGAAUGUUGCCCUGGAAGUAAUCCAAUGAUCCCAUAUAUAAUAAUACGUUGUGUUAUUGCAAUUGAACAGUUUUAUAUUAGUCAUGAAGGUAUAUAUAGAGUACCAGGAAACCCUGAAAAUAUUCAACGUCUAUUUGCCUCCUUAAAAAAUCCUAAAACAUCAGUAGAUUUAUCGAAGGAAUUUCCAGAAACGAUAGUUGGUUGUAUAAAACGAUUUCUUCGUGAAUUACGUGAACCUUUAAUACCAUCCUCUUCAUGGGAUGAAUUUACAUCAGCAGCUGAGAUGAAGAAUAUUGAUGGAAUAAAUUUAGCCUUUUGUGAUUUACCACGUCCCAAUGCUGAUACAUUAGCUUUUAUUUGUGCUCACCUUCAGAAGGUUAUUAAAAAUUGUGAGGUUAAUAAGAUGCAAAUUGAAAAUAUAUCUCAAGUUAUGGGUCCAAUAAUUGUAGGAUUUCCUAAAAGAAGUCGUCGAUCAGAUAGUAUGACGCUAGAAACUAAAGAACAUAAUAUGGCAAAACAAAUAACAACAAUGAAAACACUUUUAUCAUUACCACAAACAUAUUGGGAUCCUUUUUUAAAACCAAUAUCAACAAGGAGUAGAAGGAGUUCUCUGUCUCGUCCAAUUCUUAAUAAAUAUAUAAAUACAGAUUUCUUUAUGAAUUCUUAA